CAGUGGAGCAAUGUCCACACUGCCUCUGUAGUAUCCUAGAAUUUGUCCUAUCCUAGAAUCCUAGUAUAGUAGUGUCAAGAUGUCGCGAAGCAGCAGCAGAAUGGACAAGGAUAGAUACAGCACUCUGGAAAAACCGCGGAGGUCAACACCCCGAGGUGUUCGACCGAGUUCAAGGCUUAGCGAUCGUUUAGACUCCGGGACUGUCUUGUGCGAUUUCUGCAUGGGAAAGAAGUCUAAGGCCGUCAAAUCUUGUCUGACAUGCCUGGCCUCGUACUGCGAGACUCACCUCUACUCUCACUACGAGUACCCAGCUUUCAUGAAGCACAAGCUAGUGACCGCCACCGGACAGCUGCGGGAAGAAAUCUGCGCCGAGCAUGACAAGCUUCGGGAAGUCUUCUGCCGUACUGACCAGUCGUGCGUUUGUGUCAUGUGUCUAAUGGAUGAGCACAAAAAACAUGACAUUGUUUCCGCUGCGGCUGAGAGGACUGAAAAAGAGAAACAAUUAGCGGCCAAGUUGAUGAUGUCACAGGAGAAAAUCGAGGACAGAGUAAAAAGAUGGCAGGAGCUCAGACAGGCCGUGGAAUCUCACAAGAACUCGGCACAACUUGUCCUGGAGGAGAAUGAGCGAGUGUUCACCGAGCUGAUUCAGGCCCUGCAGCGGCACCAUGCGGAGACGAAGCAGCUGAUCCGCGCACAAGAGAGGUCCGUGGUGGGCCGCGCCGAGUCUCACCUUGACCGCAUGGAAGAGGAGAUCAUGCUGCUGCGCAAGAGGCACAACGACCUGGAGAUGCUGUCACACUCAGAUGACCACAUCCAUUUCCUGUUGAGCUGGCAGUCCCUCUCAGCUGCGUCGGGUUAUGAGGAUUUGACUAAAGUGGCCCUGGCCCCGUCCUUCUCCUUUGAGCCCACCAAGAGAGCCAUUGGUGAACUGAAAGCUCAACUAGAGGAAGUGGGCAAAGUGGAGAUGGCAAAAAUCAGUUCAACAGUAAAUGAUGUACGUAUCCUCCAAACUCUGGAGCCAAGGACACGGGAGGAGUUCUUGCAGUACUCCUGUCAGCCAACCCUGGACGCCAGCACAGCGCAUAAGAGCCUCCGUCUGUCGCGCGGCAACACAGCAGUGAAAAUGACCACCGAACUUAACCCGUACGCCGAUCACCCUGACCGCUUCAACCACUGGCAGCAGGUGCUGUGCACCCAAGGCCUGAUGGGAAAGCGAUGCUACUGGGAGGUGGACUGGAGCGGCUCCGAAGUGGACAUCGCCGUGACCUACCGCGGGCUCGGCCGCAAGGGCAACGGGAACGAGUGCAGCUUCGGCUGGAACGACCACUCCUGGAGCCUCUACUGCUCGGACGCCAAGUUCAGCUUCACGCACAACGGCAAGACCGCCAACAUCCCAGUUCCUGGCUCGAUGACGGUGGGCGUCUACCUGGACCACAGGGCGGGUACGCUGGCAUUUUACAGUGUGGCAGACCCCAUGGUGCUUCUACACAAGGUGCAGACUACCUUCACCGAACCACUCUAUCCUGGGUUUGGAGUGUGGGGUUAUGGCACCACUGUGAAGCUGUGAGUGGCCACAGCUGUGCAUCACUGCAGACACAAGGAUUUGGGACUUAAAAGGUGAUCCGAUGAUGAGUGGGAAUCGCAUCACUAUCAUAUUUUUAUAUAAAAUAUAAUGUAGCUAAUGUUGAAUGUAUACUUAUGUAACACUGCAUCUACCAAAUGCUUUAAUGUUGUUGUUUAUCAUUAUCAUUUAAAACACAAAACAUGCAUAGUAGGCCAACAGGUGUUAGGCUCAACAGCAAACAUUUCACCCAAAAUAUUGAUAAUUGAUAGUUCACUGCCAUGAUACACAAUAGUGUCAUAAUACACAGGUUACCCUUUUCACUAUGGAUUUCAAGAUAAUGUCACACAUUAUUCUAGUGACUGUUGAUGCUGCCAUUUUCGGAGUUGAAUAAAGAUUGGCUUCAAUAGGUAAA